AUGUCUAAUGACACAUUUUUAUGGACACCUUCAUCAGUCACUUACGUGAAUGCCACCUGGAUACAACAUUUUCUGUGGAUAGCAUUAAAUGCGAGCACCAUCCCACAGUUAUCCGAUCCCGGAUCCAAUCGGAACGGUUCCCUAUCCGGAUGUAUUUCCUUUGGUCGCGAGCACAGUUCCACGGAACCACAAGCACUCCUGGAUCCCAUCCCUUCGACCAUCUAUGUAGCCGAUAUGAUUGUACGCAUCAUUCUGAUUGAAGCCAGCCAGUUCACUCACUUCACGGAACAGACAAAAUUGCUGGAACAUGAAGUUGGCGAAUGGAUCGAUUCGUAUCACAGAGACGCAAGCAUCUACUGCACCAAUUCGCUUCGAUUCAGUCAUGAGUUUCAGCGACUUUCAGCCGAAUCGGAACAGGUUUUCGGGGUGGAGAAACCUGGUAAGUGGUUUAUCGCUGACGGAAGUGACUGA